AUUUUUCUCUGAGGGAAAUAUUUAGGGUUCUAGGUGGCUAUGGCGGAUGUGAGGAGACGGCGGGGCUUCCCAGCUUCCGCCAAUGACAAGGGAUUGGCGGCUCCAGCGGCAUCUCCUCCCACGCCAAGGUACACAGCAACAUUGAUCUUUGGAUCGGUAUGCCUCGCCGCCUACAUCGCGCUCUUUGCUCGUCACGCGCGCGAUCUGGAUGCGGAGCUCUGCCGAUCGAUCGCGAUCAGCUUCUGUAUGAGCGUCGGCGCCUUCUUCGCAGUAAUCCGGCUCGUUCCAGUCGUCGCGCGCUACGUACUGAAAAGGAACAUGUUUGGAUACGACAUCAACAAGAAAGGCUCUCCGGCUGGAUCAAUCCAAGUGCCCGAGUCGCUCGGGAUUGUUACUGGGUUCGUGUUCGUCGUCGUCACGAUCCUCUUCCAGAUUUUUUGUUUCAGCCCAGACUCCGCUUGGCUGCUGGAGUACAAUGCGGCACUCACAUCUAUACUAUUUAUGAUUCUUCUCGGCUUUGUGGACGACGUCCUCGACAUCCCAUGGCGCGUGAAACUUUUACUUCCUUCGUUCGCUGCUCUUCCCCUACUGAUGGCAUACGCGGGGCACACGACAAUUGUUAUUCCGAAACCUCUUCGAGCCUACCUCGAAAUGGAGGUGCUCGACUUGGGUGUGUUAUACAAAGUUUACAUGGGCCUGUUAGCCGUGUUUUGUACCAACGCUGUCAACAUUCUCGCCGGCGUGAAUGGACUGGAAGUUGGACAAACUCUUGUGAUAUCUUCUGCGAUUUUGAUUCACAACAUGAUGCAAAUCGUGAGUAGCUCAGACGCUGAUUACCAGCAAGCACACGCCUUCUCAAUUUAUCUCACACAACCACUCGUUGGAGCGUCGCUUGGGCUGCUUUGUUAUAACUGGUAUCCAUCAUCGGUCUUUGUUGGAGACACUUACACGUAUUUUGCCGGGAUGACAAUGGCUGUCGCGGGCAUCCUCGGCCAUUUUAGCGAGACGCUUUUGCUUUUCUUCUUACCACAGAUUAUUAACUUUGUUUACUCCAUUCCACAGCUCUUCAAAUGGGUGCCAUGUCCGAGACAUCGAUUACCAAGCUUUGAGCCGAAAACGGGGCUUUUAACCGGCAGUAAGGAUAUGAAUCUGGUUAACUUGUUCUUGAGAUGGUUUGGAAGAUGCACUGAGCGGCAACUGUGUAUCCGGCUGCUGAUUUUCCAGGGACUGUGUUCUGGAUUUUGUUUCCUCUUGAGAUUUUUAAUGGCAGGCUGGUAUAAAUGAUAAGAAAUACCGGCUCAGAUUGAUUACAGAUCUCUAACUAAGUAUCGAAUAUGAAGAUUUUUGGAAGUAUCAUUUUCGAAAAGCUAGUUUCUCAUGUUGAUGAUACACCUGAGUUCGAAGCAAAAUGACGAAAAUACAAAAAUGAUAAAGAAAUCAGUCGAAAAGAAUGCAAAUCACUCCAUUCCAGUCUGAAA